AUGGCAAUGGCACUGAUGAUUCUUUUGGUGUUAGAGAGAAGUGGAAAAGUGAGGUGCAGGGUUGUGUUAUUUAUAUUUGGGGACUCUCUCACUGAUGUUGGCAACAACAAUUAUCUGAAUAGAACUUUGGCCAAAGCUAAUUUCCCUAGGUAUGGCAUUGACAUGGGAAAUGGGAAACCAACCGGCAGGUUCACUAAUGGUCGCACUGUGGCUGACAUUGUGGGUGAUAAAAUGGGUCUCCCUAGACCACCUGCUUUUUUAGAUCCAUCUUCAACAACUGAUGUCAUACUGAAAAAUGGAGCAAAUUAUGCCUCUGGUGGAGGUGGGAUCCUAAAUGAAACUGGAGAGUUCUUUGUGCAAAGGCUAUCUUUCUACAAACAAAUUGAGCUAUUUCAAGGCACUAGAGAAAUGAUUGUAAGAAGUAUUGGAAGUGAUGAGGCAGAUGUGUUCCUUAAAAAUGCAGACUUUGUGGUUGCUAUGGGGAGCAAUGACUUUCUCAACAACUUCUUGCUUCCAAUUUAUGAUGACUAUUGGACAUACAAUGCAGAUGAAUUCACCAACUACUCGAUGACAAUACUAGAGAAACAACUAAUUCUAUUGCAUAGCAAGGGAGCAAGACGAAUCACAUUUAUUGGUGUUGGACCUUUGGGUUGUAUUCCUCUUGCACGCAUCAUCAGCCUCUUUGGUGGAUGCCAAGAAUAUGUGAACAACAUAGUCAUGAAAUUCAAUAAUGCAGCUAACCAGCUCUUACAAGCUUUAUCAACACGUUUGAGUAACUCAACCUUCAUAUUUAGUGAUGCAUAUACUAUCGUAUUGGAAAUAAUUGACAAUCCUCACAAAUAUGGGUUUGAUGACUCAAAGACUCCAUGUUGCACUGUUGGGGUAAUUCGACCAACUUUUACAUGUCUUCCAAUGUCGAGCCUAUGCAAAGAUAGAAGGAAAUAUGUAUUUUGGGAUGAGUUUCAUCCAUCUGAUGCAGCUAAUGAGAUAAUUGCUUAUCAAAUUAUGUCAAACCUUUGA